AAUGAGCAUUAAAAUUUUGAAUCGUGCUUUAGCCGCACCGAAAGCACGUCAACGUUUUGGAUUAGUGGCGCUAGAAGGAGUUCGAUUAAUAAAUGAUGCUUUAGAAGCUAAAGCACAACUUAAGGGUAUUUAUUACUCGAAUUCGGAAACUUUGAGUAGAUUAAAUAUUGAAAAUUCCUCUUCUGUACCGUCUAUUAAAAUUAGUUGGAAAGAUAUUAAGAGAUUAUCAGAUGUCGAUGCUCCUACCGGUGUUAUAGCCGUUUUCAAAGAACCUAAAAGUUGGCCAUCAAAUGAAAACAGAGAACAACUACCGUUAUCUUUGAUAUGCGAUCAAAUAAGGGAUCCAGGAAAUAUGGGUACCCUCAUUAGAACGGCCGCAGCCUGCGGGUGUAAAGAGGUGUUAUUGACAAAAGGUUCGACCGACGUUUGGCAAAGAAAAGUUGUUAGGGCAGGAGCUGGCGCCCAUUUCCGAAUUCCUAUUCGACAACUUCCUUCUUGGCCUAUAGUUCUACCAGACAACAGCAGGAUAAUCGCUGCAGAUCCAGUUAGUGAAAAUGCUAUAGACUUUAAACAAGCACACUUUGCAGACAGAAAAGAAACUUUCCUAAUUAUAGGUGGUGAGACGCACGGGAUAAGCAACGAAAGCUUCAACUUAGUGAAAUCCUUCAAUGGUCUCCGAUUAAACAUACCGUGCCAUACAAACAGCUUAAAUACAACAAUAGCUGCGGGAAUUAUUAUGUAUGAAAUUCGAUAUCAAAUGUUGAAAAUAAAGGACAGGAGCUAA